AUGACCGCUGGCACUCACUGGAACAUUCUCCAGACCACCGAAGAAUUAACUCCUGCAAUGGCAUCCCUAUGGAAAUGGUGGACCUCUACAGAUCAGGGCAAAUCAAAGAUCGAUGAUCUUGGAUUUCUCGAGUUAUUCUCAGAAGAGAAUCCUGUUGUCGACAUUGUCGCCAUCCACGGCUUGAACGGCCACAGAGAAAAAACGUGGACGUCAGCAGAUGGAAAAAUGUGGCUGCGCGACUUCCUGCAAGACGACUUGCCUCGUGUUCGGGUCCUCUCUUACGGAUAUGACGCCGAUACGCACAGUCGAGAACGUGUAUCAACCGAAACCAUACAUCGGCACGGUAAUAACCUAGCCAAUGCUCUUUCACGGACGCGUAAAGGCGCUUCUCGACGCCCAAUCAUAUUCGUUGCCCACGAUGUGGGAGGUAUUAUCCUCAAAUGGGCGCUCAUAAUCUCCAACAAUAAAGACCCGAAUUCAGAUGGCAAUCUCCGAGAUAUUCUUGUAUCUACCUACUCCAUCCUGUUCUUCGGAACACCCCAUUUUGGCAUAGAAGAUCCUCUCCCCGGGACAACUGAUCGCCUUCUAUCAAUACCCAUGUAUGCGACAAACGUCAUUCUCAAAGUCCUUCAGCCGUACUCAUCCGAACUUGAAAACAUACAGAAGCUGUAUCUCGAGGUGAGCAAGAAAGUAAAAAACGUAUUCUUCUACGCGGAAUACGAGACUCUUGUCGGAAAUCCUCGAAGGAAGCUGAACGUUCGAGCUCACGAGGCAGUCAUCCUGGGUGACCGCGGCGCUGUAUGCCAGGUACUACACAGUGACCAUCAAACCCUAGUCAGGUUCGCUUCUCCAGAGAGUGACAACUACCAGACGGUUCUUUUCUAUCUCAAGGAACAUUUCAAGAAAGCUUCACGUGCAGUAGACGACAAGUGGCUCGAUGCUAUGAGACAGGAUCCCCUCAAAGCAGUUUCUGAGAUUUCCCAUCUAUUUUCUGAGAAAACCAAGACUAUAAACGAGAAGACUAAUGGGUACAAAGUACUCAGGGAGAGUCUUGAAUCAUAUAUAUCCAUCUUGGAUGAAGGAUAUCUCCAGACUGUCAAGGAUGGACAUAUGGACCAAAUGCCUGACACACUCAAGGAGUUCAACGAUGCAUGGAAACAUUACAUUGUCACUCUAAGAAACAUACUCGCCAGAAUGGAUGGGUUGAAUCGCAGUAGAGAUCAAGGCGUCAAAGGGUCUAUCGAAAAGAUCAAGGGCACCAAAAUUGACACAAGAGAUAUUGCAGACUACAAACAGGAAAUCUUACAAGCGACACGCAUAUGCAAGGAUGUGGCCAAUUUCUGUCAAAAUCAGCUGCAAGCGGAAGUGUGGAAAGUAGCCCAACUCGAGCCCGAAAAGCCUCGUCCAAUGGGCACUCAGCACAAAACGUGUCUACCAGGUACACGUGUAGCGAUUCUGCGGGAAAUUCGGCAAUGGCGUCUGGACCCCAAUGCAGAAAGCGCAUAUUUUGGCUCUGCGACCUGUUCCAAGCUCUGGAAAGUCCACCGUCGCGCUGACCAUGUGCGAGGAAUGGGAUAG